GCCGGAAGUCGCCGUGUCCCGGUGUGUGUGCCUGUGUGAGAGGGUUCGCGGAGGGGUCCUGGCUGGUCUGGGCUGAGAGGUUGCCGCAGCUUCCGCCGCCGCCUCAGCAGGGGAGGAGGGGAGCGGGCCCGCCGUCCGGGGCGAAGAUGCUGCCCCUCUCCAUCAAGGACGAUGAAUACAAACCCCCCAAGUUCAACCUGGUCCGCAAGAUCUCAGGCUGGUUCAGGUCCAUCCUCUCCGACAAGACCUCCCGGAACCUGUUCCUGUUCCUGUGCCUGAACCUCUCCUUCGCCUUCGUGGAGCUGCUCUACGGCAUCUGGAGCAACUGUUUAGGUUUGAUUUCCGAUUCUUUUCAUAUGUUCUUCGACAGCACUGCUAUCUUGGCUGGACUGGCAGCUUCUGUAAUUUCAAAAUGGAGAGAUAAUGAUGCUUUUUCCUAUGGGUAUGUUAGAGCGGAAGUUCUGGCUGGUUUUGUAAAUGGCCUAUUUUUGAUCUUCACUGCCUUUUUUAUUUUCUCUGAAGGUGUUGAGAGAGCAUUAGCACCUCCAGAUGUUCACCACGAGAGACUACUACUUGUUUCUGUGCUUGGGUUUGUUGUAAACCUAAUAGGAAUAUUUGCUUUCCAACAUGGAGGUCAUGGACAUUCACAUGGCUCUGGGCAUGGACAUAGUCAUUCUCUCUUUAAUGGUGCACUUGAUCAUGGACAUGGACAUGGAGAUCACGGCCAUGGUCAUGGAGACCAUGGCCAUAGUCAUGAAUUGAAACGUGAUGCACAUAGUCAUGAUCAUGGACAUGGACACUUUGACUGUCAUGGUGGUCCCUCAAUUAAAGGAACAACAGGACCCAGCAGACAGAUCUUACAAGGUGUAUUUUUACACAUUCUAGCAGACACACUGGGGAGUGUUGGUGUAAUUGCAUCUGCCAUCAUGAUGCAAAACUUUGGUCUGAUGAUAGCAGAUCCUAUCUGUUCAAUCCUUAUUGCCAUACUUAUAGUUGUAAGUGUUAUUCCUCUGUUAAGAGAAUCAGUUGGAAUAUUGAUGCAGCGAACACCUCCAUCACUGGAAAGUGCUCUGCCUCAGUGCUAUCAGAGGGUUCUGCAGUUGCAAGGAGUUUACCAUUUACAAGAGCAGCAUUUUUGGACUCUUUGUUCUGAUGUUUAUGUUGGGACCUUGAAAUUAGUAGUAGCACCUGAUGCUGAUUCAAGGUGGAUUUUAAGCCAAACUCACAAUAUUUUUACUCAGGCUGGAGUAAGACAACUUUAUGUACAGAUUGACUUUGCUGCCAUGUAAUGAAUCAUCAGAAAUUGUGCUCUUUGGACCAAAGUUUUCUGGUACUGUACAAUCUAAAACAUUGUGUCCUCGUCUUUUAUAAAAUAGAGCCAUCACCACUACAACAGCCCAAGAUGGAGAAGACCAAAUAGACACCUCUUUUCUGGUCUAGUGGAGGAGUUCUCUUCUAAGGAGCCAAAAUUAAAAGGAUCUAUCCUGGACUUUUGGUCUUGUUUUUUUGUGCCCUCUCUUUCCAAACCAUUUUAUUUUAAGGGUUUCUUUUUCUUUCUUUUCUAUUAUCAUAUCUUUAUUUCGGUAGAAAUUCAGAUUGUGGGCCUGUGAUCAUUGGUAAUGUCUUCUCUGAAGCUACUGAAACCACAGCUCAUUCCCCACAAACCAGUGUUAUUAGAAAAGAAAAAAACUUUAAAAAAGGAAAUCUGUUUUGUAUGUAAUGUCACAUUGUUGACAUUCUUCAAUAUAAUCAUAUGUUUGUAAAAUUGUUUGUACUUUGCAAACUUAAUGAACCAAACCAUAUUGGGUUUUCAAAGUGCCUUUGCUUCAGAAAAUAUAAUUGCCAGCACAGAACUGUAAUGUCAGGGGGUUUUAUUUUUUUUAUGGGCUUAACUGUAACUUGUACAAAAUAAGACUCUUGCUACUGAUGUAUACUAAAUUUAUUUUUGUGUACUUCAAGCAUAGUUUUAAAUGUAUAAAAAUUCCCCUUUAUUGUUUUAUCUUGUCGAAAUAAAAAGGUAUUACUUUUUUAAAAAAAAAAUCAUUAUCACAUAAAUUACUCUUUUGGAUUGUUUUCAAAGGUUCGCAAAUACAUCUGUUGUACAAAUGACUGUUUUGGUUUAAUUAAACAUCUGCUAGUCUCCAAAUGAUUUUAGUAAAAACUGCUCUCUCUAUAUGGGAAGCAGUCCUAAAUUCCCCACUGCCAUUUUUAUGGAGUUUGUAAAUAAAUUAAGGGAAAGGAUACUUACUGGCUCCUGGGUGUGGAAAAAGAUGAUUUGUGUUUUUCUUUUCAGUUUUUAAAUGCUGAUUUUUUUUUUAGCUUUGUUUUCCUAUGCAAAGCUUUGCAUAGGUAAAAUUGUUUUCAGGAACCCUCUGAAGCUUGAAUAUAAUGGAUUUAGUUGAACUGUUAGCAGUUUCCUAAAUGGAAGUGAGGGGAUCUGAGACUAAACAAAUCAUGGGAGGUGAGUGUAACACUCAACCUAACACAGGCAUCUUAGUCAGAGGUGGACAAGGCACUCUUAUGAGUCUAAUUUGAGAGGAUGAGCAUUGAUACUUUUGAGAAAAAAAUGAACUCUUUUUCUACUUAUAAAUUUAAUUCUCAUUUCAUGUUAAAAAUUGAAAUAGCCAAGAAAUCCUAAAGGAAGAAAAUGAAUGUUUGAGAAUAUUAGUGAAUACCAAGUUCUUAAUUUUCCAUUGGAAGUGAUAAAAAAAUGUUCAUUUUCUACUGUGGUAUAAUUUGAUUGUCUGAUUUCUAUAUCUCUGACCUACAAUCUAAAGAAGUGAGCAUUUAUGGUGCAUCAAUAGGUCAAAAGUUUCUACAUAAGGAAAAGAAAACAAGUAAUAGAUCAUCAUUAGGAAAAUUGCCUACCUUGUCUAUGCAUAUAUACAUAUGAACUAAGGACUUAUUGCUGCUGAUUGGUAUGAAGUGUGCAUGUG